AUGUUACAUUUUUUGUUCAAAAAAUGUUCAAAUCAUGAGAUCGUGGAAGGGAGGGUCGUGAAUGGUGAAUUUACUGUAAUACGUGAUAACGCUCACGCUGUAUUUCUACAUAUAAUAAGGAGAGAUAAUUCGGCGCACAUAUGCGGAUCAUCAGUUCUCAACCAACACUUCUUGCUGUCCGCUGCGCAUUGUUUUUACGAACUGGACGUUGCUCAAGUGAUAGCAAUAGCCGGUCACGAAGAUGUUAGAAAGUCGACAGUAUCAAGAUUGGCAUCAAGGGUUACAAUACACGAGCACUUUCAACUGAAAACUGUAGAAAACGACAUAGCGUUAGUUAGUCUAAACGGCUCACUGCCUUUAGGUGCAAAUAUCAAACGUGUUGUUUUAAAGAAAACAUAUCCAAGAUCCCCUUCGGGCACACUUGCCGGCUGGGGUUAUAUUAAUGAUGGUGAAGGCCCUUCAUCACAAUUUUUGAAAAUGGUCAAACAAAAAGUACUACCAAGAAAAGAUUGUCGUUAUCUUAAAUUAAGGCCGGGGAUGCUGUGUGCUGGGAGUAAGAUUCCAACAGAAUCAAGACCAGCCAGAGGUGAUUCUGGCAGCGGUUUGAUAACAAAAAAAUAUCAGAUAAUAGGAAUACUAUCAUACAAACUCAAUUCUCUUCCUGCUUUACCUGUUUAUACAAAUGUCACCUACUAUUAUGAUUGGAUAAAAAAACUCACAGUUGCAAAACAUUGUACCAUUAAAUCAUAA